AUGAGAAAAACUCAUUCUCCAUAAGGUUUCUAGUAUUUUAUGAAAAGAAGAUAUGAGUAAAGGUUUCCAAAAUUUAAAUUUUAAGAGCCAGGGGAAACUUAUGGAUUAAUGCCAAUAAUUACUCCUAAUUAAAAUCAUAGAACUGAAAUAAUCUAAAACAACUCUUCAGAAUAAAUAUAUCCACAUUUAAAAUAAAGAAUAACAAAUAGUUAAUCAAAAGAGAAAUGUGAUGAUUCUUGUAUUCUAAUUGGUAAUACAUUAAAGUCACUUGAGAGAAGAGUAUUAAAACCAAGAAUAUCAUAUUAGCCAGAGAUUUCACCUAAUAAAUAGGUUAAACUCAGAAGUAAAUCCAUAAAAAAAUAACCGAAAUUUGAUGGGAUAUAUUAUGAAGGUUAAAAAUUUUGUUAAGAAUAAGAUUUUUAAGAAAAAUAUGCAAAUAUGAGAUAGUAUUAUAAUUAUAUCAAUAUAUCAAAUGGUCUAUUCAUAAAACCUACUGUAAAUUAUUAUAAGGCAAAUAUAUCAAAAAGUAAUAAUGGAUAUUUAGUUAAGAGUUUACUGAAAUAAAGAUGGUGGUGGUUAGUUGUAGAUAAUGAUAAAGAAAAUGUAAAUUUUCUAUGGGAAUCAACUAGAAAUGACAAUUUUAUAUUUACAAUGCCAUGUUUAGAAUAAGUAGAUAAAAAUGAUAAUUUGAAUAUUUAAUAAGAUUAUUUGGAUGUUCAAAUAAAUUCUCAUCCUUAUGCAAAAUUACUACCAAAAAAUUUAGUAAUAUAAAUGAAUAUAUAAGAAAAAUAGAUUGGAAAAUUGAAUAAAUUAUUAAAUUAUGAAUAAUGCUUAUAGUUUUGUAAUAAUAUUAGAAUCUUUGAAAUUACUUCAACAACUAAAAUUCAUAAUCAUAUUUAAAAUAACACUCAUUUAGGUUCUAAAAAGAAUUUAUUUUUGAAUCUAAAAAAAUAUUAUGAAUUAAAUUCAUUAAAUGUAUUUGAGUUUCUUCCUUUAACUUAUCACAUUAAGAAUAAAUUUGAUUUAGAAAAUUAUUUAAUAUAAAAUUUGGAUACAUAAAAAAUUUGGAUUGUUAAACCAGGAGAAUUAACUAAUAGAGGACAUGGAAUUUAAAUAUAUUAAAGUGUUAAUGAAGUUAAUAUUUUUUUAAAAGGAAAUCAUUAACAUAAAAAUGGAUAAUCAAAAACAUUUAUUGUUUAAUAAUAUAUAACUAAUCCAUUAUUAUAUAAUUAAAGAAAAUUUGAUAUAAGAUGUUUUAUACUAUUUACAGGUAUUAAUGGUCAAUAAAAAGGAUACUGGUAUUAAGAUGGUUAUAUAAGAACAUCAUCUAAAGAAUUUAAUUUAAAUAAUUUAUCAAACAAAAUGAUACAUUUAACAAAUGAUGCUGUUUAAAAAUAUUCUGAAGAUUAUGGUAAAUUUGAAAAAGGUAAUAAAGUAUCAUUUGAAGAAUUUAAAAAAUACAUAACACCUGAAAAAUUCAUUUAAAUAUAUUAAAAAAUGAAAUAAAUAGCAUUAGAUUAGUUUAAAGCUGUUGCUGAACUUUUAGAUCCAUUAAAGAGAGAAAAUACAUUUGAAUUAUUUGGAUUAGAUUUUAUGAUUGAUGAUACAUAUAAUACUUGGUUAAUUGAAACUAAUACAAACCCUUGCUUAGAAUAAACAGGUCCAUUAUUAACAGGUUUUAUGCCAUAAUUAAUUGAUAAUCUAUUAAAACUUGUAAUUGAUCCUUUAUAUCCUCCUCCAUAAUUUUACUCUCCUAAAAAAUUUGUGUAUGAAUGUUUGGAUAAUAAAUUCGAACUUAUAUAUGAUUCUUCAAAAUUGAAAUUAAAUAGAAAAAAUGUUGUAAUUGAUAAUGAAUUAUGA